UCCCCAGUCAGACUGUUUUGGUCAUCAGUUUAUUUUAUAUCCACACUGCUCCAAGUAUCUUUCUUUCUUUCUGUUUCUCGUCAUUGCACAAAUAUGACUUUUAUUUCCUUCUGUUAGAGCACUCAUGCUUAUGGGUGUAGCUUAAAGCAGUGCUGGAACACAGCAGUGUCAGAAAGGAAUUUCCUUUUUAGUGUCAGGUUGCACUUUAUCCAUUUCCACGGUAAAACUGUGCUUUUUUUUUAACUUCAUACAUACCAUUUGAGUAGCUUGCUGACGUUUCAUACCCGUAAAACUGGUGAAACAACCUGUUCUAUAAACCACACCUCCUUACUUGUUUUCUGCAUACCUAUCCUCAUAAUCUCACACCCAAUCACACAAAAUAUAACCAGGAGGGUUCCUUUCCUUUUCCUUUUGCUCUUUAACUGACACUUGGACUGACGUAAAUAACACUUGAUGAACAUUUAAUGAUAAAAUGGCUGACAGAACUCUCAAAGACCUGGACCAUCUCAGCUGUCCUAUCUGUUUGGACCCACUUGAGAAUCCGGUAACAAUUCCAUGUGGACAUAACUACUGCAUGGAUUGCAUUGAGGAUUACUGGAAUGAGGACAAGCACUUGGAGUCCUAUAGCUGUCCUGAUUGCAGGGAGACCUUCACACAGAGGCCUGCUCUCAAUGAAAACACCAUGUUUGCUGAGGUGGUGGAGAAAUUAAAACGGGCAAGAUUGCAGGAUGCCUCACCUCGCAACCCUGGAUCUGCAAACAUGGACUGUAGGUUCUGCACUGGACGAAAAAGGCGAACUGUCACAUUCUGUUCGGAGUGUGUCAAGUCAUGCUGUGAGGCUCAUACGAUCAGGAACGACAAAGCCGACAGUGGAGAAAAACACAUUGUAGUAGUCAUUAACAGGGAGCCUCGAACGGAUAUCUGUCUCCGUCACAACAUCCCACUGGAGAUCUAUUGUCGAACCGACCGCCAGUUGAUCUGUUCUCUUUGCUUCGCUGAAAACCACAGAGAUCAUGAUGCGGUUUCAGUCGCGCCAAUAAGUACGGAAAGACAGGAGCAUAAAGGUUCUCAGCAUGGGAACAGGCACACAUCCCAUAAGCCUGGAAGGGGGAAACACAAAAGGAGCAGGCACGGUAGUGGACAUGGGGGUAGACACAGAAGCAGCUCCAGAAAGACCUUGCAUUUGAAAAGCAGUCAUGAAGUGAGUCAUCAUGAAAGUCAUGGGAGUAAUAUGAUCAGGCAUGGGCACACUCUGGGAGGUGGGCAUAUGAAGAAUAAACAUAGUCAUAGACAUGGAAGCUGGCACAGGAGCACCAGGCAUGAGAGAAGUCAUCAAUAAUAUUAAAAAGGACUCAUAGUUGGAGAACGGUGUGGAAUAUGGCAAGAUUAUACAUGGUCAGACACGGGGAAAGGAGGAAGCACACAAUAUAGUGGUUCCUUAUUUGAACUGCCGAUGCUUACCAUUUUCAUGCUGAAUUAUUUUUGAUUUCAUGCAUUUCUAGUAAGAUAUAUUGACCACCUCUACUAAUAUUGGAGACAACUUAUUUGUUUAGAAGUAUUGAGGAUUUUAUCAACCAAAAAAUACACAUGUAAUCUCCUGUAUAUUAUUUACUUUUUUUUUUGUUGCAAUUUUAUAUUUUUUUAAAGACGCGUUUGCAUCUUCUAAUGGCUUUCAAAUCCUAACGAGUGCUAGUUUUUGUACUUAUAAUCUAAGAAUGAUUUACACUCCAUCUACUAAAUCUGUUUAAGCAGUGAGGUCUGAUUACCUGAAAGAAUAUCUAAUAGUGCUAUGUAUAUAAUUUAUAUGAAAAUAUUAGUGAACAAAAAUGAAUGGGGGGAAAAAUGGGUUUAAGACAAUGUAGAAUAGUGUGUGUAAAAAUAUAGUAGAAUGCAAAACAAUAUUUUUUAAAAAGUUUUUUCACUGAUCAAAUUGAUAUUCAUCAUGAAUGAAUUCAAAUGAUACACACGUGAACUUUUAUUCCACUUGCUUCCUGUAAGCCUCCAGCUGUGUCCAUGUAUUUCAUGGUGAGUCUUUUCACACCCAUCUAUAGCCCUACGAAAGGUCAUUCAAUUUCCGUGUCGAGAUUUGUGAUUACUAUUUCCCUGAACCCAUUAACAUCGGACUACUUGAACGUAAAGGCUGUAUGAACCGAGUUUCAAAACAUUAGACACAUUAAUAAGGUGCAUUUAAAUAAACAGGCCCAUGCAUGCUUCUCAAAACAGGGUCUGAGGAACCUCAGGGUUCCUUACUGAAUAUACACUGUGUUGCUUCUUUAAAAAUCAUGCCUGGAUGAUCUUGGCUAGUAUCAAGGUUCUGGUUAAAAUGUAACAACCAGAGCUUAUUUGAGUGAUCGCUUGAAAUCCAGGAGUUUAAUGAGAAACUCGGGAAGUGAAAAAUAAUUCAUCUGAACAUUAAUCAAACCUGGAAACGCUGUUAAUAUAACAAACUUUAAUAUAUACACAGCUGGAGGACUAUGACAAGAUGACUGAAUGCUAAUUCUAAUAAAGUGAUAACUACU